GUAUUUUCACGGUUCACGUUUUUAAAACAACCACAGCAAGCCAAGAAAAUAAAACACGUUAGAAAAUGUGAUGAUAGAAACAGAUGGACAUUUUUUUCAAAAAUACGAUAAUCAGGGCGCAAGUUUUCCUUUGGAUGCAGUGAACAGUCAUCUUAAAGAUGUGGAGAUUGAAAAGCCUCCGUCACAAAGCAAGUGGACCUGCCAAUAAUUUGGAGGAGUUCAAACACAAGAGAAGAGAGUUUGAGAAAACUCUUAGACAGGCACGGAGAGACAGACAGCUCAUCAGUAAGAGACUCCUGCAGGAUGAGGAAGAGGAGGAGGAGGAAGACUCCAUGGAGACUGGCUCCAUCCCUCUGUCACCUGAACAGGUCAGAGAGAUGAUACGUGGAGUCCAGUCUGGGGGUGAGGAGAAAGCAGCUCGUCUCGCAUCUCUACGAAAAGCACUAAGAAACCCAGAGAGCCAGCUCACUUUCAUUAAAUCAGAGAACAGCAUGCACAUGUUGAUCGGACAGCUCAGCUCUCAUAAUGCUCAGUGUCAGCUGGAAGCGGCACGCUGUCUGCAUGAGCUGUCUCACUCCACUCACCCCAGUGUAGGUCCGGCCUGUCUGCCUGCCGGCCCCUACCUCCUCACUUACCUUUCCGGUCAGAGCACCAAGCUAACGGAGCUUUCUUUAUACACUCUGGGAAAUCUGUGUCCUGACAGCGCUGUGGUUAGAGAGAAGCUUCUCGUUCAGGGAAUAGUUCCUGCACUUGCAAACUGCAUUCACAAUCAGAGGUAUAAUCUGGCUGUUGUGGAGGCAGUUGGCUUCACUUUGUCUCAGCUGCUACAGGCAAAAGACGCAACUGAAAAAAUCAUCCCAGCAGUCAUGGCUUCAGGAAUAGUCCCUCAUGUGAUCUCAGCGUUGACUCCAGAUGCUGAGUUUGGUUAUGGGCCAGCGAUUGAGUGUACGUGGUGUUUGCACUAUUUAGUCAGCAGUAAUUUGGAUAACUCGAUGCUGAUCGCUCAAGGCGUCCUCUCACAGUGCAGUGCUGUUUUGAUAACACUAGGAGGCGCUGUUGCUCAAGGAAACCUGGAGGGUGGACUAGAGUUGCUCAUUUGGCCUCUUCUGCGUUGCCUUGGUAACCUGCUGGUCAGUGGAGGUGAUGUAAUGCCAGAGGACACUCGUCUCCUCGCCGCACUCUGUGUUUUUAGUCAGGCUUACCUUCACCCUCAUCCUGCUCUGUCCAGAGAGAGCCUGUGGGCACUCAACAACCUCACCGCUGGCUCCAGUGGGUUCUGCUCUGGCCUGCUGCUUCUUAAUAUGGCUCCCCUAUUAAUCCAGUUUCUGUCUUUCUCUAAAGGAAUGAACUCAAUGGCACUGAGAGUUCUGGGUAAUAUCGCCCAUCAUGGCACAGGAUACUGUGUUGGUUUGACACGAGCGGGGCUGCUGACCGCCCUCUGUGCCACACUCAAGAUGUCCGAGCCAGAGGUGGUCACCCUGAGCCUGGACGUGCUGUACAUGCUGGUGUCCAGCAGCCCACAGGUGGUGGAGGAGUUUACGAGGUUAAAUGGUGUUCCUCUGCUGGAAGCUAUUCAGUAUAACAGUGAAGGAGAGCAACGUGUCAGAGCCGCCUACAUUCUCGAUCAUCACUUCCCUUCUUUCUCUGAGGUGGAGAGCCUUUCAUCAUAGCACAUCCGAUGACAGAAUUGCAAAGAUUAGUCUUUAGAAGAUUUUCGAUUUUCUUCAAAGCAAACUGUAUGGACCUUUUAGCACUUAGUUAUCCUUUCAUUCUUGUUUUCUGAAUUGUACAGAAAAUAAAUGCCUUUUUUACUGCA